AUGGCUCUUUCAUUCAAAGCCGUCGUCGUGCUCUUUGUCCUCAUUGCCUUCUCCAGCAAAGUCCAUGCAUUUGGCGCAGGCAACAUUGCAUCGAUUGCUCGCAUUGAAGGCCAGAACUGGCGCCAUGGUGAUAUUGAAGACACCCUGUUGACCUUGACCUUGGCUCGUAUUGCGGGUGGUCGCAAAUUCAGCAAGCUGGAUGUGCAGCGUGUAUAUUUCGGAAAUUGGCUGCGAGACUAUAGCCAGGCUGUCGAUGUCGGUACUUUGAAAUACGUUAGCACCGAGGCUAUCCGCAUCCUUAUCUGGGUGCUGGGCUUUUUGAGCUUUGGUUAUGGCACGAAGGAGUUCGAGGUCACCACAGAGCGCCUGCGUUGCUAUGAGCCCACAGAGCAUAUCGAUAACCCGAUGGGCUACGCCGAAGGCGACGAUGCUCGGAACUACGAUGAUCGACUGAGAGGGCCCGUCGACGAGGAACGUGAACUUUCAAUCGACCCCCGCACUGGCCUCAAGAACUACAUUGCCUCAGAGGAUCUUGGUAUUGCGACAUCUGCAGGGUUAGUUCGACGGGUUUUGCUUCGUUGCAUCCAAUUUGGCCGUCGGUACGCCAGCUCGGAGAAUGAGGAGGACUUGCAUGAAGCUCUGCGAUUGCUCGGAACGGGGCUGCAUUGUCUCGAAGACUAUGCUGCGCAUUCCAACUAUACUGAACUGAGCUUGAUCGAACUCGGAGAAUCCGAUGUCUUUCCCCACGUGGGCCGCAACGCCAAGGUUGAGAUCGAGGGAGCCCAGGAUGAAGUCUACCCAAUUGUUACCGGCACCUUUGGCGGCGUGGACUUUUUUCACUCUGUGCUUGGCGAGAUUUCUGACAAGGCCACCCAGUCUGAAGUCCAGUCCCUGGAAAACGUGAUUACAGAGUCCCAAGAUGGCCCCCCGUCCGAUAGUUUCAUUCAAGACCUGCUAAACAAGAUCCCAGAGGGCUUGAUCGGUGACAGCGAUAACCAGAAGGACAAGAUGGACGAGUUCAAAGCGCAGUCGCAAUCUGCCAAGGAAAACUCAGCAAACGUUUCACCGCGCGAACCCGAGGAGUGGACCCGUUAUCUAGACGACGUACACCAACAGAUGUAUCCGAUCCUUGAGUGGCACGACGAUCUGAUCAAGUCGAUCAACAAGGCUAUCGAGCAGAUUCCCGUGUUGCCGGAGUUGGUGGAGCAGAUUCAGGAGCAGAUCACAAUCUUUGUCUUCUCCAUUCUUGCACCCUACGUUGCCCCCAUUAUCGGACAGGUCAAGGCCGAGCUGCAGACUGGCUCCUCUGAAGUCAUCCAGAGCAGUAGAACGCAGCAGCACAUUGUGUUCGAUGAUGAUGACUGUUCGAACCCGACCCAUUCGAUGCUUUCGAAAGACCAUUUCUCAAACAUCCUCAACGAACCAGCAGGAAAGAUCGCAUCCCAGACCAUCAAAUGGACUGUGCCGCAGAUCAUGGAGUGCUGGGACAAUGAAGAUGUUGAUCCCGAGAGGACCCUGGACCGGAUCAUUUCGGGCGUGUUCCACCACCCGGUUCUUCGCGACUAUGGCGAAGAUGGUGCCGUUGACAUGCGCCGAAUCAUGUUUGGCACUGUCCAAGAGUGGUGGGAACAAAAGUCCGGGGAUGAACAGGAUGCCCUCCGGGGGCAACUUUCCCGCGAUGGUGUCCGCGAAGGACUCAACCAUAAAGAAGGUGUCAAUGACUGCGGUCAUGGUUGCGGCAAGCCACUGACGCUGCACAAGGAGGGCAGAAGCAGCUCGGGCGAGACCUCCGACCCAAGCACCGACGCAUUUGGAAAGGCCGCAGGAGACGCCGCCGGCGGCGGUGCAAUCGGUGGCCUAGUCGAGGGUCUCGUGAGUGGCGUUGGUGAUAUGCUACGGGGUGACUCCGACUCUCGUCCCGAAAGAGAAAGCAGCGAAGGGUAUGCGCAGGGAAACCAGUAUAGUGGCGGGUCUGGUGAACAGAAUUACGAGUAUGGUAGUUACGAGAAUAGCGGUCGCCCGCAGCGGUAA